GCAUCAUUGUUCGACAUGAUUACAUCUUCACAAAAAAUGGGUGUAGCUUCGAGUUUUAUGGGAAAAGGAAUGUUCCAGUCAAAACAGGCGUCGGAUUUUAUAUCUGGGACACUCUACGAUCAGUUCAUUAAGAAAGAUAUCAAGAACUUUGAUGACUUCCAUAUUGCAGUUCUUGAUAUCUUCAACUCUCUCAACUCAGCAUUGCCUAGUAAGCACUAUGAUGUGCCAUCACGCAAGGAUAUAGAGGAAAUUUUUACAAAAUGGACAAAAUUAGCCAAAGAUCAGAAGAAGGAUGAGUUCAUCGAUUUUAUGAUGAAGUACGUCAAUCAGAACAAACCAGACGGCGCAAUGAUUAUCGCUGGAAUAGUAGCACCUCCAGGAGCCAUGGUAGCUAAGAGAGCCGGAGAGAGUGUGGGCCAGCUAAAUAUGAUAAAGGCCAUUCCUGACGUUGUCUUUGUUCCCUCGGCAACGAUGUUGGUUCUCGUAGCUGUCAAGUUCUACAAAAGGAUUUUCAUGGGCGUAUCAUCCUGAAAUGUGUAUAAUACGCCAAAGAAAAUACAUUGUGUUUGUGAUUAUGGAUAAUCCUAUUCUUAUUUACACUUGUAUGAAUAAAAGGAGAACUCUCAUUAAUUGA